AUGUUGCCUCAAGGCAUUGUCGCGUCCUUCCUCAUAUCCACUUUGGGUUGGACGAUUGCUGCCCAUCCCACCUGGAGCAAAGUCCCUGCGAAAACAUACGCCAAAUGUCAGAGGCCUGCCAAACACCACCCCUUGGAUGAUUGUCCGAAGCACACCCUCUAUGUGAGCAAGGACGCCGCUGUCGCCAACUUCACUACCAUCCAAGAUGCGAUCCUCUCACUUCCCAAUAACACAGACGCCUACACCAUCCUGAUUGCACCGGGUGACUACAACGAACAGCUCAACGUCACUCGCCAAGGCCCUCUCACUCUCUUAGGAGUGAGCGAUCGCCCAUGGAAGGGCAAAAGCUACUCAAACAUUGAUUAUGACACUUCUAGCAGCAAUCGAGUCACUGUCUCGUGGGCCAUGGCAAACCACGACAGCUCUGGAAAGAUUGUCGACAAUGCUGUCACAAGCGUCUUGACCGUUGCGCCAACGUGGGAAUCAUCCAAGUCUGGAUUUGGCCCGACGGGUUGGCCUGUCCCUGAUGGAACGCCGUUUGGAUGCGAGGAUUUCCGGGCUUACAACAUCGACUUCCGCAAUUAUGCAGCCGAUGCCGCAGACGGUCCAGCACAUGCAGCAGGUAUCAGUCGAGCUAAUGCUGGCUUCUACUCGUGUGGUCUUUACAGUUACCAGGAUACUCUCUUUAUCGGUAAACUAGGUAACGCAUUCUUCUACGACAGUAUCAUUGCUGGCCAGACGGACUUCCUGUACGGCUAUGGCACGAUGUGGGUUGAAAAGUCAACAUUGUCCCUUCGCAACUGCGGUGGUGGAAUUACCGCUUGGAAAGGCACAAACACGACCUUUGAGAAUAAGUACGGUGCGUACAUCUCCAAGUCACAGAUCCUAGCAGACAACGCCACCAUUGCGGCAGACAUCAAGAAUCUAUGUCCCCUCGGCCGUCCAUGGAAUGAGCUACACCGCUCCAUCUUCAUGAACACGUACUUCGACGCCAGUAUCCUCCCCGCGGGGUACAUUGACUGGAACGGUGGAAGGUUUAACAACCAGACCUUUAUGGCAACGUACAGCGAUUUUGGCCCUGGAUGGGACCCCGAGGCUGAAAAGAACAGUAACCGAACAAUUGUUUUGGAUCGGAAGGGGGUCAGUGGAUACGAUACGCCGGCGAAAGUCUUUGCAAACGAGGAUGGGAAAUUGGGGAAGAUCGGAUGGAUUGACCACACUGUGGUUUCAAAGAACUAA